AUGUUCUUAAAAAAUUUUUCUGAUGAAGACUUGUAUUUAGAUGAACCACAUAUAUCACUAGGCGAAGGAUCGAAUUUAAUUUCAAAUAAAGAAUUAUUCUCAUUUGAUGAUGAAAGAAGAUCUUUAUCGCUAGAUGAAGGGCUUCAUUUGCCAUUAGAUAGUGAAUCUUUUCUGACUAAUGAACUUUCAUCAGAAAAUGAAUAUUCUUUAAAUAAUGCACCUUCUUUAAAUGAAGAAUCGUCUAAUAUUUUACAUAUGUUUAAUCAAAAUAAAAGAAAAAUUAGUAAAUUACCCAAUAUUAAUACUAAAAAAAGGUCUAAGCCAGGAAAAAGUUGGCAACAAUGCCCAAGUACUUUUGAACUCUCAACCAAUUUAUCUCAAUCUACUCUGCCAGAAUUAUUUAGUCCUAUAAAAAAACUACAAAAAGAUCUUGCAAAAGAUAAAGAUAGAAAUAUUAGAAAAAAUGCUAAAGCAUUAGAAGAGUUGCUCUUUGAAGAAGAAGAUUUAUUAGGAAUUCAAGAGUUGGUUAAGUUGCUAGGUCCCUUUGCGCAUGUUACAACCAUAAUGGGUAGCGAUCAAUAUCCUAUCUUUUCAAUGAUGUUACUAUUAAUUAAAAUAUUACAAGAUCAUCUAUUUGAAAAUGAAGCGAUACUUAAACAUCCAAUUGUUCAUGAGCCUGGAGUUGAAGGUUAUAUUGCUACUAUUCUCGACCCAAGAUUUAAAGACCUAAGCUUUGAGCCAGAAAAACUAGAACCAAUAAAAAAUGAAUUAAAAUGCAGGAUGGAAGCUGCAAAAAAUAUAAACUCAACAAUACCUUCAAUUGAAAAUAGAUCAUCUUCUUUAUUAAAUUCAUUAUUUGAAAAAACUUUUCAAGAAGUUUGCCCUAUUGAAAACAAACUAAAG